AUGGACAGCUGUGAGUCUCCCGUAGUUUCUGGGACAGACAAUGGGCUUGGCUCCUCUCAGCAGAAGAAACCACCACAGCCCUGGAACGAUCACUCUAGCUCGCAGGUCCCUUGUACCAAUCAGGCCUCUUCCCUGGACCCUUUGUCCAUCCCCAGUCCAUACCCUACUCUUGGCCAAAAUUCCAGUGCCCCUCAUGACGGGCUGAGAGAGCAGCCAAAGCAGACAUCGCCACUCUCCCAGUUGGACAGCUCUGCCACAACCCAACGGAGCUCCAGAAGAGAGGCCCUUGAGGAGGAAGAGCAGGACGGGGUGAGCUGUGGCGAGGACGAAGACUUAGGAGACUUGGAUGAAAUGGAGAUUGACAGCUGUUUUCCAAGUCUUCAGCCCUUUCCUGGGGUUACCAUGGCGUCAAGGGGAGAAGGGGGCAUACACUCUCUACUACGUCACCAGGCCACACGACAUCAGGGAGCCCCUGAGAGUGGAAGUGAAGGAGAGGAGGAAGAGGAAGAUGAGAGUAGUGAUGUGGAGAAUUUGGCUGGAGAGAUAGUCUACCAGCCAGAUGGUUCAGCCUAUAUAGUGGAGAGCCUGAGUCAAUUAAUCCAAAGUGGUGGGGGUAUGGUACCGGGCCUACCCCCCACAGACUUUCUCUGCAGUGGGCAGAAAGCAGGGGAACCUGCAGGGACAGUCUACCCUCAGAUCAUCAAUACGUUUCACAUAGCCUCAUCAUUUGGGAAAUGGUUUGGUAAUUCAGACCAAGGAUUCCCCAAUACCUCAACCAUGUCAGGCCUCAGUCCUGUUCUGCACAGUUUUCGUGUUUUUGAUGUGCGGCACAAAAGCAACAAGGAUUACCUAAACAGUGAUGGGUCUGCCAAGAAGUCAUGUGUAUCCAAAGAUGUUCCCAACAACGUGGAUUUCUCCAAAUUUGAUGGGUUAGCCCUUUAUGGCAAGGGCAAACCCAUUCUCAUGUGUUUUCUCUGCAAGCUGUCCUUUGGUUAUGCACGUUCCUUUGCCACACAUGCUGUUCAUGAUCAUCGUAUGACACUGUGUGAGGAGGAGCGGCGGAUGCUGGGGGACAAGCAUGCAUCUGCCAUAAUCCAGGGCAUAGGGAAGGAUAAGGAACCCCUUAUUAGUUUCCUGGAACCAAAAAGUAAAAGUACUCCUCUGCCACCUAGCCUGCCUCCCAUCAACUCUAGUCAGAGCUUCUAUGGAACUUUUAGUGGUGUCCAUCUGAACCCUGGAAGCAGCAGUGCAGGUAGCGAGGGUGACCUAAACAAAGACUCUGAAUCUGACCUUGAGCAACAGCAGCAACAACAAACAGCACUCAGCUCUGUCCUUUCCCUUGGAGGGUUAAGUGUUCCCAACGCAUCGACUCUUACCUCAUCUCCAGGCUCUGCCAAAGACUCCAGUUCUCUUUCCAAACAAGUCGGGAGAACCGAGGAGCCUGUGGGGAAAGAGUUGACUUGCAAGGUCAGUUCAACACUCAGCAGCGAAGCCCUUGCUUCCACUUCCUCUUCUGUCAAGGACGAGGGCUCAGCUGCAGACGGUGGAGGGAGGACCUCUGAGCUCCCUCUGAGCUUUAACUGCCAAGGGUCCGGUGGCUCCACGGCAAUGGCGGCGAAUGUCGUCAGACAAAGUGAGGACGACAUUGCAGGCACUCCCUCCUCACCUCUGUCCUUCAAUGCUGCUGCUGAUGAAAGUGCCAAUCAAGAUAGUGCCACAGCUCCAGAACCAAAUGAUUGCUCGGCAGAGGGAGAGGAGGAGAAUGGCUCUCUUCUGCACCAUCACCACAUGCACCACCAUCAUCACCACCUCCACACCUCGCCUCACAACCACACCCACCCUCUCACAGGGGGAGCUUGUGACCUCUCUGGUCUAAGCGACUGCUCACAAAACCAUGGGAGUGGAAUUGGUGGAAGCAGUGGAGUAGAGUGCCCCAAAUGUGAUACAGUCCUUGGCUCAUCCCGAUCCUUGGGUGGUCACAUGACAAUGAUGCACUCGCGAAAUUCGUGUAAGACUCUGAAAUGUCCCAAAUGUAACUGGCAUUACAAGUACCAGCAGACCUUGGAGGCCCACAUGAAAGAAAAGCACCCUGACUCUGGAGGCACCUGCGUCUACUGCAGCAGUGGUCAGAGUCACCCACGCCUGGCGCGAGGGGAGAGCUACACCUGUGGGUACAAGCCCUUCCGCUGUGAGGUUUGUAACUACUCAACCACCACAAAAGGCAACCUUAGCAUCCAUAUGCAGUCAGAUAAACAUCUGAACAACAUGCAGUCCCUGCAGAAUGGAGGCUCCAUUGGCUCAACGCAGGAGCAGGUGUUUGGACAUGCCCCGGGAGGUGUGGUGGCUGUCCCCUCUGUAACACAGGCGAGCAGUCAUCACCCUCCACACCACCAUCCCGUUCAGUCCUCCAGCCACAUGGGGGGGCAGUGUGGCGCUCCUUCGCCCACCAAGUUGAAGAACAAGCCUACCUGGAGGUGCGAGGUGUGUGACUAUGAAACCAAUGUGGCGCGUAACCUUCGUAUCCACAUGACAAGUGAGAAGCACAUGCACAACAUGAUGCUACUACAGCAGAACGUUACACAGAUGCAGCAUGGCCGCCUCGGGCUUGGAGCUAUGCCAUCACCAUCUGAAGCUGAACUCUACCAGUACUACCUGACCCAGAACAUGAGCCUCCCUCCAGGGCUCAAGAUGGACCCUGCAGGAGCUGAGGCUCAGUUUCUGAUGGGGGGAUUUCACCUGGACCCCAACAUGGCUGCCCUGGCUCCCGGACUAGUUGGAGGAGAUAUUCCUAUGGAUGUCCGAUUGGGAGGUGGGCAGUUGGUGUCUGAGGAGCUGAUGACUUUAGGAGAAAGUUUGUCCCAGACCAGUGACCCUUCCCUGAAGCUCUUCCAGUGUGCUGUGUGCAACCGCUUCACCACUGACAACCUAGAGGUGUUGGGCAUGCACAUGGGCGCUGAGCGGAGCCUUCCAGAAGAGGAGUGGCGGGCUGUGGUGGGAGACUCACACCAGUGCAAGUUGUGCCACUACAACACUCAGCUAAAGGCCAACUUUCAGCUGCACUGUAAGACAGACAAGCAUGUCCAGAAGUACCAGCUGGUGGCACACAUUAAAGAAGGCGGUAAAGGCAACGAGUGGCGUCUCAAGUGUGUCGCGAUUGGAAAUCCAGUUCACUUAAAGUGCAAUGCAUGUGACUACUACACCAACAGUCUGGAGAAGCUGAGGAUGCACACAGUCAACUCCCGACAUGAAGCUAGUCUUAAACUCUACAAGCACCUCCAGCAGCAUGAGAACGCAGUGGAGGGUGAUGCCUGCUACUACCACUGUGUGCUGUGUAACUAUUCGACCAAGGCCAAGCUCAACCUGAUCCAACAUGUGCGCUCCAUGAAGCACCAACGCAGUGAGGGCCUGAGGAAACUGCAGCGGCUCCAGAAGGGGCUGCCCGAGGAUGACGAGGAUCUGUCUUCAAUCUUCACCAUCCGCAAAUGCCCAUCGUCAGACACAGGAGAGCUGAGCGAGGAUGUGGAGGCUGCUAGUGAGACCACCACACACCAGGAGGACCAAACCAAAGAGGGAGAAAGUGGGGGGGACAAGGAGCUCACCAAAGGGACAGCUGCGUCCGGCCCCUUUGAGCGGCACCAGUCAGAGUCCCCUGUCCUCUCCAAAAGACCUUCCUCUCAGGCCGAGACCUCCGAGAGCCCCUUCACCGCCAAGCGUCCCAGGACAGCAGAGAAGAGCGCUUCGGAGCAGAUGUACCAGUGCCCCUACUGUAAGUUCACCAACACAGACUUGAACCGGCUAAGGAUGCACGUGAUGACGCAGCACUCGGUUCAGCCCAUGCUCCGCUGCCCCCUGUGCCAGGACAUGCUCAACAACAAGGUCCACCUGCAGUUCCACCUGACCCACCUGCACAGCGUGGCACCCGACUGUGUGGACAAGCUUGUAGCCACAGUGACGGCAUCAGAAGCAUUGCCAGCCAGCAUGUUCAUACCUGUACCAAGUCCUGACAGAGAGUCCCAUAGCACCCCACAGGGAACAACCAACUCCCACUGUGAAGAAAUGAAAACACAAACUGAAACUACAGAUUUGGAUAUUGAGAAGAGUGCAUCUCUAUCAGAAAUGAACGAAGCACGGAAGACGCCCACUAUGCUGGAGUGUGAGGUGCUUGGCAAUGAUAUUGGACUUCCAAAGAGAGUGGUUCAGGUGUGGUUUCAAAAUGCUCGUGCCAAGGAGAAAAAAGCGAAACUCAACAUGGCAAAGCAUUUUGGGAUCAAUCAAACGUCUUAUGAGGGACCCAAAACAGAGUGCACCUUGUGUGGUGUCAAGUACAGUGCUCGCCUCUCUGUUCGUGACCACAUAUUUUCCCAGCAGCAUAUUGCUAAAGUCAAAGACACUAUUGGCAGUCAGAUUGACAAAGAAAAAGAAUACUUUGACCCAGCUACUGUCCGCCAACUUAUGGCCCAGCAAGAGAUGGACCGUAUAAAAAAAGCCAAUGAAGUUUUAGGACUGGCUCAGCAGCAGGCCAUGCAGCAGCAGGGGAUGUUUGAUAAUCCUGCUAUGCAAGCUCUGAAUCUCCAGUCUGCUUAUCCAAAUCUACAAGGCAUUCCACCUGUCCUGUUGCCUGGGGUUGGAAGCCCCUCUCUAUCCAGCUUUAAUUCGUCUAAUUCAGCUUUAACGCCUCCUAAACCCUCGAACCUUCUGAAUAUGCCUGGUGCCAGUGUUCCCUCGCCAAGUCUCCCGACGUCUGGAUUACCUAACAAGCCCCCUUCGUCUUCGUCCUUGACCUCAUCCAGCCCUGCCCCGACCAGCACACCUGUAUCUCACUCCAGCUCUACUACCACCUCUUCCUCCUGCUCCACUCAGUCCAUGUCUCGGGUCGAUCUUCCCAAAGAGCGUGAUAUUGAAAGGCAAAGAGAAAAGGAGAAGUCCAAGGAGAGAGCAGAAAAGCCCCAGACCCCUUCAUCCACUGGAAGUACCCCAGCCCCUUCCACCUCUGCUGCAAGCGCCAAAAAGGAGAAACCAGACACUGCUGUUCCUGCCACUUCUAUGCCCACCCCUGGAAUGGAGUAUGUGGUUGACCCCGCUCAACUCCAAGCCCUUCAGGCUGCCCUUGCCACUGACCCUACAGCUCUUCUCACUAACCAGUUCCUGCCAUACUUCAUGCCUGGGUUUUCCCCUUACUACACACCACAAAUCCCUGGAGCCCUCCAAGGGGGUUACCUACAACCAAUGUACGGCAUGGAGAGCUUGUUCCCCUAUAACCCAUCAUUGUCCCAAGCCCUGAUGGGCCUGUCACCAGGGUCCCUGCUGCAGCACUACCAGCAAUAUCAGCAGAGCCUGCAGGAAGCACUCCAGCAGCAGCAGCGCCAGCUUCAGCAGAUCCAGCAACCCAAGAUGAGUCAAACCCCAAACAAUUCACAGACUGUGGGCAAAGACUCAGCUAAAGAGCCAGUGAAAAGCGAGGCUCAAAAGACCAGUGAGCCCCAAUCCACUUCUUCCUCCACCUCUCAUAACAAACCCCCUUCUGAGCAGGAUGAGGUGGAUGGCAAAGCUGUGGAACCCCAUCUCGAUCAAUUCAUUGUCGCUAAGCACCCCCCCUCCCACGACAUCGGCCGCCAUGUCCUCUUCUCCUGUGUCCUCUUCGCUGUGCUCUUCUUCCUCCUCUACCAGCCCAGUCAACACCACAGCCGCUGGAAAAGCCUGGCCCCAGGCAAAUUUCAACAGAGCUUUAGCUGGAAAGCCCAAUGCCAGUCCCUCCUCAUCGUCAUUCCCCCCAGUGUCCUCACCUUCAACGGUUACCUCAAGUUCAUUGAGCACCUCAGGAGUUCAGACCUCGAUACCAACAGACGUCUUUAG